AUGCUCAAAACCUAUGAUCGCUUUCAAGAUACUCCUGGGUGUGAGCAGCUCAUCAUCAAGCUUGACGAUGCCUACUCCAGCAACCAUGCGUUCGCUCACAUGCUGGCCUUUGACCUUCUCACAGGAAAGACAGCUUUGCCCAAGGUUCCGUCGCAGCAGCGAUCGAUCAUCGUCGCAGACAUGCUGGAGCAGAGGUGUGCUCUGAAGCCUAACAAGGAUGUCAUGACAAUGAUGAUCUACCGCGCCCUCUUGAAGCGCCGCCUGUGCACUCUGGUGGCGAGCAAGUUCAAGGGGCCCGAUGGUGGGGAUGCGACCAAGUGCCAGACGGACAUGUCGCCGGCCACAGUGUUGAGCACGGUCUUUGCCUCCGUAGGCAGCUUCCGUUCCUCGGGCCUUGCCGACCAAAACUAUGUGUCUCUGCCUUGGUUGGCUGCCUUGCCCUCCUACACCUCGGAGGCUUUGCUAUUCGGUGCCAAGCUUCUGCGCGGCCAUGCUGUUUUCAACGAGUUGCUCGAGAAAGCCGUCACCGCGGACCCGUUGAUACCGGCGGAAACAUUCCUGCUGUCAGACAAGUGGAAGGCCGAUCUGUUCGACUAUGCAGGUCUGCUUGAGCAGAAGAAGGCUGCGGAGCGGCCCCCUGUUCAGGAGGCAGAGCCAGCCGUUGCUGUGGAGGCUCCCCCCACUGAGCCCGCUGCGACGGAGAGCAUUGCUGAGAUCAUGCCAGAUGUUUCGGUGGAUGUGGAGGUGGAGCCGGCUGCUCUUCCUGCAUCGGUCGAUCGCAAUGAUCGCAAGGCCUGCUUCGAGCUGCUGGUGGUGCCUGAGAGCAUCAUGACGACGCUCAAGGAGCAUGAUGACCACUACUUCAAUGAGGUGAAGGAUUGGGCCCGGAUUCGCGUGCAGACCUUCUUGGAGUUCGAAAUCAAGGAAGAGAAACCGGCAGCUCGCCGGGCGCAGGUCACCCGCUUGUACGAGAAGCAUGGAGCCAUGCCGAUGUUCAUCAUCUAUGACAGCAAAGCCAGGCUGAGGGAGAUGAAGGACGACUUGCUGGGGUCUCCUUGGAAGCGGCCUGUCCCGAUUGCGCAAGCAGACUUCAAGGCCUGGGUCACCUCCUUCUUCAUGGAUGUGAAAGCGAAGGAGAAGUUGUCUCCCCAGAUGCGGGAGAAAGACUUGUUUGUCUUUGCCGACGGCAGGUCGCCGGCCAACUACGAAGUGAUCUACAAGCUGCUGCAGACCACCCUCAAGGACGUGUCAAUGCUGCCGAAGAGGCGCUUCACCGUCAUCAGACGGUCAUACACGAAUUCCGAAUUCAGCGGUGGAUACGCCACCCCCCGUCGAAGGACCGGAUUGACGCCGCAAGCCCCAGAUCCCUUGGAGAACCUCUUUCUGGUUAUGCCCAAGGCCUACGACCUCCCCUUCAGACAGGUGUCUACAUGCCCAUCGGUCAUCAGCGACAACUUCCACAGGGGCUGGCAGGGGUUGGAUCUGAAAUCCGAGUGGGAGCAAAACUUCACCAUGGUGACCCCUGGCACGUACGCGAUGCUGGGCCAGAAGUCUCACACCGAGACGGAUUUGGAGACAAAGACGGAGCAGUCGCGAAGUUUGAAGGACAACGAUGACGAUGAUGAUGAUGAGAGCGACGUGCCGGAGAACACUCCGGAACAGAACCUGGAGCAGAUCCAGAAGCAGUACUUGCAGCCUUGGGACAAUGCUGAAGUGCAUCAGCAACUUCUUUGCGAGCUGUACAUGCCCGCCAGUGGCAAAGCUCAUGUGGUGAGCUUGGAAGCAUCCACGAGCUUGGCGGUUGCUUGCGCCCGCAAGCGUUGGCACACCACGAUGUAUGUUCAGAAUGAGAAACAUCGCCAGCUCCUGUCGGAGAUCGUCACCUUGAAGAUAAUGUACGAAAUCAUGUCCGGAAGGGCGGACGGAUUUGUCAUGCGGCAGCGUAUCUUGUCAAAGCAAGCAUCCCUCAGCGGCAGCGAUGCCGGCCGCCCACCUUUGCCGCCGCCAACCCCGGCCCCUUCAUCGGCAACCGCUGGCAGCAUGGGAUACAGUCCAGGUGAGAAGAGUGUUCUUGAGGAUCUCUGGGGUGGUGAAGACGUGUUGUCCGAUGAAGCGGGCCAGGAUGAGGAAAUCGGUGGGUAG